AGUGGCAGAAAUUGUCCCGAUAAAAUCCGUUGGCUUCGUCUUUCCAACGCAGAACGAGAAGCAUUCCUUCGCCAUUGUUGCCAAGUAUCUUACUGCAACGAUUGAAUCCGAAAUCUACACUGAUAAAGUUUUGAAAAGUGGACCGAAAUUAUUGCCUGUAAAUUUCUCCACUAGUUUAACUUUAAUCCCCUCUCGGUAGAGUUUCAGAUGGCAAUGAUUCUCAAAGGAGGAGGCGGAAUUGGAGUUCCAACUGCUACGUGUUUUUCUCAGAUUUCCAAACCUUCCCCAAUUUUCUCCAUUCACACGAUAUAUAAGCUUGCAGCUGAACGCAAAGUCAUAUGCUGCUCUACUUUGCAGGAAUCAUCUACUCCAACAGUUGCUGCUGAGCCGAAGGAGAUGAAAGUGGUCGAGAAGGAAGCUCCAGCAAAGACCAAACCGCCAGCAAAAGCGCCAGUCAAGGCACUGCCAGAGUUAAUGGAGGAGGAUGUCAUACCUUCACUGAAAGCGAUACUCGAAGCACAGGCUGAUGUCUCCGAUAUCGAGCUAUCGUUCCAAGACGACAGAUUGGAUGGCUCGUUCUUGAAAAAUGGAGUUCCCUACUCAUUUUGGGCUUUCUUCCCCAAUGGCCUCACAGGUCCAAAAGGGUUUUCACUAUCUUCAUAUGGCUAUGGAGGAAGCUCUGUUGAGCCAUUUCUGGUUGAUGAGAAGAAAAUUACAGCAAAACAUGUAGUCUUUUGGAUUGAGAAGCGUUUGGCUGCUCAAGGAAUUAUUCCAGUCUGGAAAGACUGAUCAACACAAUGAUUUUUUUUUUCUUUUUUUUUUUUUGUCAAAUGAUGUAUAGCAUAAUUUUCUAUUUUAUUUCACUGCUCCUUCAACAACAUGUCUACUGAUUCUAUGAAAUGUAUCAACUUUUAUAGUCCAAUAAUUUAAUAUUUUCACCCUUCUUAGUGAAA